CGACCACAAUCAUCAUCAUCAUCGACGACGACGACGACGAUAUCAUCAACAACAACAACAACGACAAAAUGCAUAAAAUUUCCAUCAUUUUUGAUUAUAUUGAUGGCCAUUGUGUUGCCAUCAACGACAUCGACAUUAACAUCACCAUUAUCAUUGCAAGAUUAUUUUCCUGAUACAGCCACAACAAAAAUUCCUAAUCGUCCAACACCAUUUUCACCGGAUUAUCAUCCUGAAUGUGACAUUAUUUUACCGGCUUCAUAUUCAUCAUCAUCAUCAUCAUCAAUGAAUAAUCGAAAACAAAAUCAUUUUAAUGAAAUUAUGGAAUUAUCCGCACCGGUUAUUAAUUUAGAUAUCAGUGGUGAUCAUCAAUCAUUGCCACCACCACCACCACCAUCAACACCGAUAUCAACAUCAUAUUAUUAUCCAGGUGAUACAAAUGAUGCAUUAUCAAAUGAUUUAUUGUCAAUGUCAAAUAAUGGUGGUGCAUUAGGUGGUUAUGGUGGUGCAUUAUCAUCAUUUCGUUCAUCAUCAGCAUCAUCAGAAUCAUAUCGUUCAUCAUCGGCAUCAACAAUCAAUCCAAUUUUACAAAAAUAUUUUGCCGAUAUAACUGGACAUCAUAUUCGUAAACGUUCAACUUAUAUGAUGACCGGAGCUGGUGGUAUUGGUCAUAUCUGUAUAAAUUAUGAUGAUAUCAAUCAGGCAAUACAUUUAGCAAAAAUAUCAUUAGGAAUGUAUCAAAUACCACAGGAAAAUAAUCAUUUAUCAUCCGAUUAUCCAAAACCUGAACAUGUUGCUACUGUAGGUGAACUUUUAGUAAAAGCUUCGGAAAUUCUUGCACAAUCAUUUGGUUUGAGUAAAGAAACAAUUGUUUAUGGUUUACCACGUAUCGAUACAACCAAUACUAUUAUCCGAGAGAUUUGUCCAUCCAUUAUGAAACCUGUUAAAUGUGAAAUAAGUAAAUAUCGUACAUUAAGUGGUAUGUGUAAUAAUCUGGAAUAUCCAAGCUGGGGUUCAACACGUUCAGCUAUGUUACGUUAUAUGCCACCUGAUUAUGCUGAUGGUUUAUCAGCACCAAGAGUUUCUAAAAAUGGUCAACCAUUACCACCACCACGUGUUGUAUCAUUUAUAUUACAUCAAGCUGAUGAAAAUGAUUAUGAUACUGAAGUAACCUAUUUGGUUAUUGCAUGGGGACAGAUGGUUGAUCAUGAUUUAACAUUUGCUUCAAUGCCAAAAGAUAAAAAUGAUCAAUCAAUAAAAUGUUGUAAAUAUUCGGAAGAUCAACGACAUCGUAAUUGUUAUCCAAUACAGAUGCCAAAUAAUGAUCCAUAUUAUAAAUUUUAUCCGAAAAAAUGUAUGGAUUUUGUCCGUUCAACAGCCGGUGUUAAACCAAAUUGUCCAUUAGGACCAAGACAUCAAAUAAAUGUUGUAUCAUCUUAUUUGGAUGCUGAUUGUAUUUAUGGUGGUGCUAUUUCAACAACCAAAAGAAUUCGUGAAUUUAAUGGUGGACGAUUAAAAUCAACUAAAGUUUAUAGACAAAUGGGUCUUAAAGAUUUAUUGCCAGCAAAAGUAAAAAAUCCGGAUCAAGGAUGUGAACGUAGUGGUCGAACGAAAAAUUCCUAUUGUUUUGAUACAGGUGAUACACGUUCAAAUGUACAAUUACAGCUUACUGUAUUACAUACAGUAUGGUUACGACAUCAUAAUCAAAUUGCUGAUGUUUUAAGUGAAAUUAAUCCACAAUGGUCGGAUGAAAAAUUAUUCCAAGAAACUAGACGUAUUGUUGCCGCUAUGAUACAACAUAUUACCUAUAAUGAAUUUUUACCGAUUGUUGUUGGUCGACAAACAUUAACAAAAUAUGGAUUGAAUUUACAAAAAUAUGGUUAUUAUCAUGGUUAUGAUCCAAAAACUAAUCCAGGUAUUCGUGUUGAAUUUCAAGCAGCUGCAUUUCGUUUUGGUCAUUCAAUCGUACCGGAUACUGUUGAUCGUUUUAAUAAAUUUCAUAAAAAAAUUGAUUCAGUUCGUCUUGCAUCGGUUUUACGUCAACCAUUUAGUCUUUAUCAUCCAGGUGUAUUGGAUUCAUUUAUAUUCGGCAUGAUUAAUCAACCUGCAUAUCGUGUUGAUGCAACAAUGGCCAAUGAAAUUACAAAUCAUUUAUUUCAAAAACCAGGUGAACAAUUUGGUUUGGAUUUAGCUGCUAUAAAUAUUUUACGUGGUCGUGAAAUGGGUGUACCUGGUUAUAAUUAUAUGCGUGAAUAUUGUGGAAUGAAACGUAUUAAACAUUUUAAUGAUCUUUAUGGUUUAGUACAUAAUGAAACUGUACAACGUUAUAUGCAAUUAUAUGAUCAUGUUGAUGAUAUUGAUUUUUGGUCAGCUGGUAUAGCGGAAUUUCCAUUGAUGGGUGCAAUGGUUGGACCAACAUUUGCUUGUAUUAUUGCCGAACAAUUUGCACAGCUACGUAAAGGUGAUCGUUAUUGGUAUGAAAAUGGUCAACUUGCAACAAAAUUUUCAAUGGAUCAAUUAUCCGAAAUACGUAAAACAAAAUUGGCCAGGAUUUUAUGUGAAGCAUCUGAUGAUAUGGAAACAAUACAGCUAUAUCCAUUGUUAGCUGCACAUCCAACAUCUAAUCCACGUGUUAAUUGUGCCGAUCUACCUGAAAUGGAUUUAACAUCAUGGCGUGAAUCAUCAUCAUCAUCAUCAUCAUCAGCAUAUAUGUCAUAUCCGGAUAAUAUUGGUGAUACGGCUGUGGGCGGUGGCGGUGGUGGUAUUAGCACAAUAAUCGAUGAAUAUAAAGCAAAAUCUAAAGCUAAAGCAAAAGCAUAAUGAUGAUGAUUAGAAAUUUCAAUCAAUCAAUCAAUUCAAACGUCAUCGUUUUUUUUUCUUCUGAGUGAGAUUGCCAUUCGUCUUUUUGU